ACACACCCCUCCUCCCGGAUCCACCCUGCCAUCCUGGAGACUCCAUCCAUCGCAUCUCACUGCGCCUCAGCGACGAUCUACACGCAACACGAUUUACAACAAUCUGCUCGUAGAAUAAAAAGCCUAGUGGAAGGAAAAAAAAAGGUUUCUUUGAGAUGUUUCUUUGCGUGUGAUUAUUUUGGUUUCGCCUCCAUCUGAGAAUUUCGCUCCCACGAUGCCGAAUCCAGGGGCAACCCGGCUCUAAUGAGGCAGGCGUUGCAAUAAAAAGGUUUAACUACAGGCAGCACAAACAGGAUUGACUCCAAUCAGAGGCAUAACUUUGUUGUCAGCAUGGCUGUUAAUAUGAAUCCAGCUCCUGCCGUUUGGUCGGGAGAAGAACAACCAUCGCUAAUGGAUCAGGACGGCCCCAUUUCAAGUCCGGAUGCCAUCUCUGUACCAUGCGGGUUACCGGUGGGUGAAGAACUCCUGCACAGCUGUAGCAGCCCAACCGACAUGAGGCCUCCCCGCAGCAAAUCCAAAGGAGAACUGGUGAUCGUCAUCAACGAGAAACUGAAGAACGGUAACGGGAUCCACCCGGGAACGGCAGAGAGCACCUCUCCAGUCAUUUCCUCUCCUCCCAGAAGACAGCACUCAGUCUCCUACCCUCAUCACGGCAAAACCAGAAAGGGCAGUAGGGCAAGCUCCAUUGGGUACACUGCCUUUUCGCCCAGGCCCUCACUUUCUCGCCACUCCAGCAUCGCCACCAACCCUCCGCUGGACCGGACCAAGGUCAAAGACUACCUCCUACUCUCCGUGCUGGCCUGUUUCUGUCCUGUGUGGCCCAUUAACAUCGUUGGCUUCGUCUACUCAAUCAUGUCCAAGAACAGCCUCGAGCAGGGAAACCUGGAUGGCGCCGUUCGUCUCGGACGUGUUGCCAAGAUGCUGUCCAUGGUGUCACUAGUAGGAGGGACGGUUAUAAUCAUCGCCUGCAUUGUCAACCUGGCCAUAAAUGUGAAAACCUGAGUUUCAUCCCAGGAUGAAACCGGAUAAGAGCUGAACGUCUGGCCCGCACCUGCACCUGCACCACCUUUACCGCCUAGUCAUUACCCGGAUCUGUGACAGACAUGCUCCUGUUACACAGCGCUUUACUUAUGUUUUUGUAAUCUGUAAACAACCCCUUCAUUUUUGUGGAAGAAACCAGAAUAAACCAAAUGCUGCUCUUCUCGGCCUCAAUUGGGGGAUUUAGUGGUCUGUCUGAUCACAAAUGGAGACUAAUGAGUCCCUUUCUCUCCUGGCCGACACACUCCAAAUGUUUUUUUAAGCCUGCGACUACUUAAAACAGGGAAGCCAGUAGAAAUGUUUACUGGCUCUACAGCAUCAAUCCCAACAAAAUGCCUGCCAAGUCCACCCUCCACUGCACCGACAAGAAGCACCAGCUCGCCUGUUAAAUCCCCUCAGACACACGGAGAGGCUGCAGGAUUUACACUGCAGUGGAUUCAGACUGGAGAACUUCACCCAUCACUCGUCAGAGAGGAAACACUCUGAACAGCACUGUGUCCUCUUUGUUUCAGACUGUCCUCUAUGACUUUCAGAGCUUCAAUUCUGUGUAUGAGACUGAGCAUACGGGUGGUAAAAGAGGAUCAAAGAAGGAGGGGGAGGGAUGGUUUAAGCUCGGACUAGCUGGGGGAGAUGAAUCGGGAAGGAUUAUGAAAAGUCUCCCACAGAAGGCACAGUCGUCACUGCGAGGAAAAUAUGUGCCAAAUAAAAGAAGUUCAGAAGGAAAGCUUGUUUUUUUUUUAUGAACACAAAACUCUUGACAGGAGCAUGAAAUACGUUUUCACUCCUCUGCUACUUCACUGUGUACCUGCUCUACACCACUGACCACUGUGACCUGGGAAUAUGGGUUGGUCUGAAUGGAAAACUCUAAUGUAGCAAAAUCCAAGUCUAACUGAAUCAUCUAUAACCAACCUUUUUAUAAAGUUUGUAAAAAGUCCUUUUCAGACAUGAUUGCGAUGCCCUUAUAGCCUCCAGAGCCUCAAUUGAAAGCUGAACUAUGUCCGUGUGUUUGUGUGGGCAUCAAUAUUUGGUUAACAAAUCUGAUUGCUUGUUAUUGCUGUCAGAGAUGCAGCUGUAACCUCAGUUUCUAUCCACAGGUGCUUUAAAAUCAGACUCUAGGUAGUGUUCUUGUCCCUUAAUUAAGCCCCUAAUAGCUCAUUAUUUUUUACCUAAAUGUGCUUACACCUUUAUGUUUAAAGUCCUUCUAUUUCUGUGUACAAAUGAGAAUCCUUAAAGGUUAAUUUCUAAUAUAUUUAUGUGGGUGAGAAAUGUAGCUGUAGAGCCUUCUUUGUUAUAAUAUCUCUUGUGUCUUCAAAUAUCUCUUAACAUUAUUCUACCUGUGAUUUCUCAUUGUAAUUCCAACAAAUGGGUUUUAUUUAAGACCAGGUAUAAUUUUCUUUUGCUGCAUCCUUGUUUUUCUCUACUAUUAUUGCAGCCCCUUAUAAGUUUAAUUGUAAUCAACUGUAUGUAUUCUACAGAUAUAUAUAUCAGUAGUGUAAUAUCUCUCUAGUUAAAACGUUAAAAUGAGUUAGAAUUAUUUAGCCAGCCUCCUGGUAAUCGUUGUAUUUCCAGAAGGCCUCUAUAAUCUUUGCAGCUAUUAGCAUGUUAUGAAUUUUUAUUCAUGUAUGAUGGUGAUAACCUACAAAGAAAGGUUGGCACAUUAAAUAUAUUCUGCAACACAUUCAUAAUAAAGACAAUGC